AUGGUGGAUCGGGUGGACCUGACUGCCGACUCCGAAGACGAUGACCUCCAGGCUGCAAUCAGAGCGUCACUAUCCAGUCACUCAGACAGCAGCGGUGCAACCUCCGCUGCUGUCAAUAGUUCAAAUUCAAACGGCGGCACGUCCCAGUCUAAGAGGCCAGCGUCGGAGCAAGGCGACAACAAGACACCAUCACAGCGCAAAGGCAAGCGCCCGCGAAGCUUCCAGCCCUUCGAAAAGCCACCGCUGUAUCGCCUGCUUUCUACCUCUCCGAGUGAUCGGGCGAGCACCGGCAGUGUAGGCCUGGAUGAUUUGCUCAGCGGCGACUUCGAAAGUGCCCUCCUUUGCAACUAUAUGGUGGACUACGCGCUGCUGGUUAGAUGCGCGCCGAGGCUUGGGAGUGUGCCGGUUACUAUCGUGCACGGUUUCAAGCCCGGGACGCAAGAUGAGGUGAAUCUUCGCAGCCAGUGCGCCGUCAACCCCGGCGUCAAGCUGCGCUACCCGGAGCUCCCAGAGUACGGCACCAACCACGCCAAGAUGAUCAUCCUCAAGUUCCCGACAGGGAUCCGUGUGGCUGUGCUGACCGCAAACUUCAUUGUGGUGGACGUCACCGACAAGAGCCAGGGCGUGUGGUACCAGGACUUUCCGAAAAGGACGUCGGGAUCAUGCGCGUUCCAGGAGGACUUGAUGGGCUUUCUGUUCAAGGUCGGAGGGCCCGCGUCCGCGUUUGCAAGCACUCUGGGCGAGUACGAUUUCCGGGGCGCGAGGGUGGCGCUGGUGCCUAGCGUGCCCGGUACAGGUGGGAACACUCCCGGCACCGGCGGGAAGCCUCACAAGGGGAGGGACCUACACAAGUACGGCCACAUGCGGGUGCGGGCUUUGCUCGCUCGGGAGAAGGAGGACGGCACCGGGGCGAAGCUGAAGGAGGGCGGUCACAAGGUCCUCUGCCAGAUCUCGUCCUUGGCCUCUCUCACCAAAACGCCGAACCGAUGGCUUUCGGAAAUUCUGGCGUCGUUCAUGCCACUGGAGGAUGAGGGCAAGAAGGCAGAACCAACUAGACGGUCCGUUUCUGAAGACGAAGCUCAGGCGACCCUACUCGAGCAGCACUUGCGAGUGGUCUGGCCAAGCGUGGAGGCCGUUCGCACCUCGUCGCAAGGCUGGAUAGCGGGAGGAUCCAUCUGCUGCAACACCGUCAACAUGUACGGGGGCAAGUACAAGUGGCCCAACAUGGACAACUACAGGUCCAACACGCCGCUGCCCGAGCUCCGGCCGCUGCUGCGCAAGUGGAAGGGGAAUCCUGCGGUCAACCGCACCAGAGACGCUCCGCACAUCAAGUCCUACCUGCGGUACCGGGAAGUGGCUGGGGAGAAUGGGACGGAGACACGUGUGGACGGGGACGAAGUGGCGUGGUUCUUGCUCACCAGCAGCAACCUCAGCCGAUCGGCGUGGGGUUACCUCAACAAGGCGUCGACAGACCUUACCCUCAGAUCUUUCGAGAUGGGGGUCAUGUUUCUCCCAAGCCUGUUGCGGAGCCCCUCUCAAGAUUCCGACGAUGGCAACGCUGCCGCGAAAGCCUCGGGCUUCACGUGCACGCCAGGAGAGAUGGGGCUCACGCAACGGUUCCCGCUGAGCCUUGGGUACGACUGCGAAGCCGGGAAGGGUCUUCCGCUUUCGCUGCUGCCACUGCCGUACGUCUUGCCGGCCCCACGGUACGACUUUGACAAAAGCCAAGACGCUAACGAGCGUCCUUGGGUGAGGGACCAGGAUCAAAACCCGUCUUCUCUGGACCGCAACGGGGAGGCGUGGCAGGGCAUCCCGCCCUUUUGA